AUUGCUGUGAUUACGCGUUAUGUCGAUGUCUUCGGCGGGUCCCCUACGCAACUAUCUUCGCUCUGAUGGUCCUAGCUGGUGGGCUGGCGCUAAUGACAUAUGAGAUACUUCUCAUCGAUAGUACUGUAGAGGAAAUGUUCCAAGGGACCCAUCUCGACCCUAACGUCUCCAAGCAACCAAGCAAGUUCUACCAAGGAGUUGCAGUACUAUUCUGGGUCUUAAUUGCGCUGGUGUCCCUCAUAGGAUGUUUCGGCCUGUUACUCCUAAUCAUGGCAUGCAUGACUGCGGGACCAUCGAAAAAGAACGCGUGUGGCAAGCGAGCCAUGAAGUGCGUUGGUCGUAUCUCAACAUCAGUGAUGAUCAUGAUUUGUUAUUUCCUGUGUGUUUGCUGGAUGUUAGGCUGUAUCAUCCUAGCCAUGCCUCUCACCUUCAUGUUGAUGGUCCAAUCCUACUGCAAAGUCCAGAACAAUGUCUUCUUGGAUACCACAUGCAUGGACCUCUCUCAGUAUGGUUUUGUUGAGGCUCCAAACAACACUGCAGUGGUGGUGACGACACCAGCUAACCCCAUCAAUCCAGUGAUGCCUAUAAUGGCUGCCACAGAACCUCCUAAGGUCGUUCCAACAAGCAUCUGCGGAUCAGAAUUGGAGAAAUUCUGUGAUCAUAACGAAGAUAUAUCGUUAGCUGUGUACCUGACCGUCACCGCUGCUGUUAUAGUGGUUCUAGCUCUGAUCCAUUUCUUGAUGGCACUGGCGGCUAACCACACCUACAUACGAAUAUUCCAUAAGGACCUGCCUGGUAGAACCAAAUACGGCGGCAACGACUACAUUGGACAUCGCUACAGCGACGCAGGCAUGCCGCUUCAAGAACCGCUGAAUAUCCAGGACGAAAAUACUCACUUCUGAGUCCAGCAACGCCGCUUAGAGGGCCUUCUCCUUUUACUUUGAAAUCUAUUUUGUUGCUGAUUUGAUGACGAAAGACGCCUUGCUGCUUUGAGGUCUUGACUCCACGUUCAGUGAUCUUGUGUCUUGGAAAGAUCCCGUGAGGUUGUGGUGGUGACUUUUUCUAAGUUUUUACGAAGACUGCCUUCAACGGCCUUUCUCUUAAAAUAUGAUGAGUUCUGAAGAAGGCCGAGUUGCCGUUUUUAGAGAAAACAGGGGUGCUUUUUACUUCUAAAGAAGAAAUUAAUACGACAUACAGGGUUUUGAUGUGAUAUACGGGCAAGCUUUUAUGAUACAAUUAUGGUUAAGUUUGAAGCUGCUGUUGGUGUGACGUUGGGAAGAAGGGUCUUCGCUCGAUUGUCUUUGGUUCUUGAAAAGGAAAUGGGUUAGCAAAGAAGAAACAAAGAUGUCAGGGGAGAAAGAAAGGUCAUGAUGAAAAAAACUGAGAGAAAUUUGAUAGAAAGCUGCCUAUUACCAGGAAAAUCACGUACAUUAAAGAACUUUAAUAUUGCACGAUGGAUUGUCCAAUUUAUACAUUUUCAUACAAUCUGCAAAAUAUUGACUCUUAAAAAAAUAACAUGACAAAUUUAUUAAUACAGAUAUGAAGGCACAUGGUUGCGCCGCAAAGGGUUGGCAGGGGGCGACCCGCCUCUUGGAUUUUCAAUAAAAGAAAACAGAUAAGCUAGAGCAGAGUAUCAAGAAAGGGUAGAAAAAGAAGGAAGAGUAUUGAAAAGUGGGGAUUGGGUAUUACCCCAAGUCUUCAUUGAGCAGUUGAUAAAAAAAGAAUGAUGUUACCUUCCUGUUCUCCCCUCCCCCAUCACCCGGAGCCCCCCCCCCCACCCCCUCAAUGUGUGAUGAAGUUUCUCUCAGCCCUUUCUGGAUAUGGGCAUGGGGUAACAUUUGAUAUUUCUUUUGUAUCUGUUUUUACUGCCUAUAAACUGACGAAUCGCAUCAGGUGCGCUGGCUGUACUCUGAUGAAGAAAAAAAUGUUCCCAAAUUGCCCAAGAUUAAUAUAGACUGUAUAGACCUACACUCUUAAAGGAAAUUAAGUAAAAUAUUCAUAUAUCGAGCAGCUUAGUGGGACUGAUAUAUCUAGCCAUGUCUGAAAUGACUGCAUCGAGUCAAAAAGUUUCAAUUACGACGAGAGAAGAACCACUACUGCAUGCAGUUACCCCAACUAAACACUUUUUGUCGAGUCGUUUUAAAUAGCUUGCUUGAAGAGAGUUUUAGGUGAGACCAUAGAGCAAGGGACCAUUAAAUAGAAUGUUUUUAUUUUCUAGAAUAUGUGCUGUCCAUAUAGUGGAAUAUGACGGAUCUUUAUAAAAAUGCCGGUAGACAGAUAGGACGGAAAAUCCAGAUAAGAAAUCGAUAUCAGUGCUUGUUUAAAACAUCUUGGCAGAUCCAGUAUGCUUUAAUCGGAAAUUUCCACCCAUUCUGUAUAUUUUGUCAAAAGCUAUGACCAUAAUACGGACAGCAUAAUUUCACCCCGAAUAAAAAGGGGGUUGUAAUCUUAUGGCCUUAUUCAUGAUAAUAUUUAUUUCAAAAUUAAUAUCCUGUCUUGCACAAUAUUUUGUCCGCAUUAUUCCAUUGACACUAAUGUAGUUAAAUCAAUUUUUUUGGGGGGGUGUUCGGUUUAGACAAAAUGCUGUCUUGAAGAGCAUCAUGUUUCAGCAUUCGUACAACCUGUUUGAACCUGAGCCCCGUUGCAUAAACUUCUGGUAUAUAGUUAAGCCACGAUGCAUGUAUAAUUUCAAAGAUACCAUUAUCGUUAGCUUAGAUGCAAUGAAACCCUGGUAAUGAUAUUGAACCCAUAUUGAGACAAUCCAUUGGUAUUUAGAAAAGAAAUAAGACGUGUAUUUUAACAUGUUGAAAAGAUUAUGAUGGGUAAGUCACAUUAGUAUAACGACGGGUAGUGAACAAAUUCUUUGUAUUUAUGACUUUUUAUGCGAGAUUUCAUAGCAUUAAAAGCUGGACUGUAGCAACGAAAAUAAUGAUAAAAAUACGACUUUGGACUUAGUGAUAGAUAACUGGCCCAAUGUGUAUUGACUGACAAAAGACAGUACACCGAAACGAAAGUGACUUAUCUAUUAUACAAGAAGAAGCGUAUUUGAACAUUAAAUUUUGAAUUGUAUAUCUUGGUUUGAAGUAAACUCAUUAUACCAGUAACAUGGUAUGGAAAUUAUAUUGAUGUGAAAAAUUUGUGAAGAAUUUAGCUUGAUGUACAUAAUUUUAUCCAAAUUUUAUUCAAGUUUGAUAGUAGUUAGCAAUUACCUAAAUCAUGUGGAAAAUACUAUUGUAGUCACUUGUCGUUUUCUUAGAAAACAAUGUUAGUUAUUGAUGAAAAUUUAUAUCAAAGUUCAGUGUUGCAGACUUCUCAUGUGAUCAUGUGUAGUUAGGGAUUAGAAUUCAUCUAAUGAUGAGUAGUGAUAUUGUAAAUAGCUUCUAUACAUGGACAUUACGCAUUACAUAACAUGUUAUUUAUUGUAGCUAUUGCAGAAAAAACUGUGUAUUGUACUGUAUACUGGCUGACAAGUGCACAUAUUUGUAUGAAAAGCGAUUUAAUGUUGUAUUUCAAUCAAUGUUGUUUAUGCAGCUCAUAUUGUCGAUAAUCUUGUUGAAAUUGGCAAUUUUACUUGUCACUGUCAGAUUUUUUAUAUCUUUCUUUGUCUCAAUUUCCCUUAUUUAGGAAUCCAAUAGAGAUGGAUCAGUUUUUAUCGUGAUGGAGAUAAUCAUUACAAAAUGAUGCUUGCACAAUCCAGGAUUUUUAACAUUCAUAAGAAUUACGAUAGUUCAAGUUUUUAUUGAAUUGAAGUGAUCAGAUUCGACCCUGUAUUAUCAACUGGCCUCGAGUGCCAAUCAGCAAAUUAUGAGUGUUAAUCAUUCAUUUUGAUAGUGUAUUAAUAUGAUGGAAAACUUUGGUGGUACAGACAAUAUUUAAGAUGGGGUAGAGAGAUCAACAAGCAAACUGUCUGCUGAUUAAACAGUAUUACCUUAAAGAAGAGAAUGGAGAUAUUGCCUUAUCUGGGUAAUUGUUUUUGUUAAUAGCUAUAUAAAAGAUUCAACCAUUUCAGCAUAAGAUGUAUCAUGUUAAAUGAUUGUGGUAAUUAUAAUCCUUGGUAAAAUGAAUAAUUGUGUUUUAAUAUUAGCUCCUAAUCUUCAUUAAACCGAAUAUUAAAAGACCGAUGGUCGUGGCGUUAUUCCUAUGCCAUCUAUUCUAUGCAUUGUCAAUGUAAACUAUUCUAAGCUAACAUCUUGUUUUUAUGCCUUGUCAAUGUAAGUGAAUGUGACCUGGGCAUUUUAAAAUGUUGUAAACUUCUGUAAGUACGUGUAGUAGUGUAAGCCUGGGUGUUAUUUUAACAAGCUGUGAAUAAAGCGAUCCGCCAUUCGUUGCCAUUUCUUAACCGUUUGCGAUUUUUAGCAUUUGGAAAUGUCACUCUCGCAGGAAUUAUCAACAUUUAAAAUUUAACUUCAUUUAUAAGUGGUAAGUGCACCCCAACGAAAAUUUUGUUUGAAUAAAAAGAGACAAAAAUAAACAAGCUUAACGUUGGAAAAUUUAUCAAUAAUCAUUUGAUGUAAAAGAAGUUAUGACAUUUAAAAGUUCGUAUGAUUUGACAAAACAGUUAUAUACACAUCCCUGUCAUAAGGGAAACCGAUGACAUUACCCACUCACUAUAUCUUCCGUAUUUUAUUAUGUGAAAUAUGAAAUAUUCCUUUUUCAUCAUUAAAUCAUUUUUUUAAUGAAUUGUGAUUCAAUGAAGAGUUUCCUUUAUUGUCAAGUCGGUAAAAAUGAAAAUACUGCGUAAUUCAUAAAUUAAAUACACAAGAAACAGUGUGUGACAUCAUGACUCUAUAAUUUGCAUAACUCUGCAUAAAACUGUUUUGUGGAAAAUAAGUAAAGCUUACAAUGUCAUAACUUGUUCUUUUAGAAAUAUAGAUCGAGGUCUUACUCAAUUUCCCAUUUAUUAUCAGUCAUUGAAAGCUGAAAAUGAUCAGGUUUAUUCAACAUUGGAAAGUUUAAUUAAAAAAGGAAUGUUGAUCUUUCAGAAAAUUGUUCAUUUCAUAUUUUUCCCUGGGAAAAUACAAGAUAAUUGACCCCCAAAUAAUAACCAAUAAGUUGAACGCUGAUAUAUAGGUUUGCUACUUUGAAAUGAUGAAAUUAAAGUUUGUUGAAUUUUCUAAGUUACAUUUCUCCAGUUGACCUUCCAAUUUCAAUUGAGUUAUUUAAUUAGUUCCUCACAAAAUUACUUAAAAAAGUGAUAUUCCCAUAUUAUUAAAUAAAGAUUUGCCAAAUGGCAACAAUUAGUAUACUUUUUGCUCAGAUAUAUAUCUAUCAAACUAAGAAAUAUUGAUAAGUGCAAAGUAAUUCUGUGGUACACUAUGUUUUAGUCUUUUCUCAGUUCUAGAAUUUUGAUAGUCUCAGUGUAGCCUUUAUAAGUUUGUGGACCAUGGGGCACAGGCAAAUAUAAAUACUAUUAGCUUUUAAUGUAAAGGAACGUAAUUAUAUCAACGUUGGUGAAACAAAGUCACUCGUCUUUCGAAAGUUUGAUUUAACUGCAGGGAAACUAUAUUGAUAGGAAAUAUAGCUUUUUUAAGAAUUAAAACUAAAUAACAUGAGGCUUUAACACAAAUCACUUUUCUACUCUUUCAAAUGCGUUUCGACCCCUUUUCCAGUCAAGGUGCUUUUUUACAUACCUAUAUCUUCAUGAAUAUUAUUUGUAAAAAAUGUAAAUACUUGGAAUGUGCGCAUAACAUACUUGCCUAUUCUAUUGAAUUGUAUUUGUCUAUAUAUUUUAUGAAUACAUUAUUGAUUCUUUAACAGUUUAUUUGCGUUUUGAUUUUUUCUUUUAUUGCUACAAACUAUAAAAAUCAAUAAAUUUCAAAAUAUAAAGUUAGAGGAUGUAAAUUCCCCAAAAGAGUGUCUUAAGAUCUAUCCACUGCGAUAGAUUUUCAGAGAAGAGCAGUGGUUUGUCAUUUAAUGAUGUUGACUGUGUUACUGAAUACACUAAAAUAAUUAUUUUCUUUCAUACACAAUCAAAAGAUAAUUACGGUCAAUAUGCAUUUGGAUCUUAAAACAUAUUUAUCUUCUGCCAUUGAUAAUCAAUAUGAUUGGUCUUAAGCAUCAUUAGGACAAGGUAGUAAGAAUACAUAGGCCCGAUAUGUUUGAUUUCAAGAGAAUGAUAAAAUCCUUUCACAGUAAAAAAAAAAAACACACUUUGUUUAAGCCUGAUGUCACUCUAACAAAAACUUGUUUAAAUUUGUCAAUUUUUUAACACUAAACAAUAGUUGUUAGAGAGGCAGGCCUAAACAACGUGCUUAAAUUUUUUAACAUCGUUUUUACAGUGUACGGCGUGGGCUCCUACAGAGACAUUUCAUUGAUUCUCUUUAUCUGAAAUGGGCACUGUAAAAGAGAAAAAAAAAUGUUUUUAUUAAGUCCAAGUUAAUUCUCUUAGAACACUAUAAACAAGGAGUUCUAUAGGUCUAUUUUGAAUCAAGGAAAGUUGUUUGAGAGUUAUUAUGUCAUAUCAUAUUUGUUUUAACAAUCAAAUGCAAUAUAUAUUUUGUUCACACAAAGGAUUCAUGCUUGAUAUGUUUUGUCUAUGAUUUGUAUUUGAUAUUGACUUUUUAUUACAUAUUUUUCAUUUCUAUGCAAUUUAGCUAUGUUUAAAAGACAAUUUUGUUUUACUCACAUUUACAAAUCAUUUGUAUCAUGUAUAUCUUGUUAUUCCCUUUUAUUAAAGAAGAUUAAAAUCAGAAAAAAUUAAUUAAUGAAAAGUGAAACCAAAUAGUCGAUUUAUAUCCUCCAGUUAGGCGUAACACUAGGAAUAUAAUUAUUCCUAUUUAUAUAUUUAUUUAAUUAUUCCUGUAAAUAACAUCAUUCAUUAACCUCCAUUGGGUGAUUAUUGAAAAUAGGCCUUUAUGUUUAAGUCUUUCAGGGUAUCAAUAUCAAUUUCAAAAAUUUUAAAAUGUUGUUUUUAAAAAAUUGAAAAGAAACAAAUGUGUUUUUCAUGACGAAUUCUAUUGCAGAGACGAACAAUGUUUAGGAUUUUAAGUGUGUUAACUAUACACCAUCAAGGGGAAGGGUUAAUGGGGAAUUACUAUAAUGCAAAUAUUACUUUAAGUGGUAUUGAAAUAAACUUUGUCAUAGCAUUGGGAAUCGUUUGACAAUGUUAUGUUUUCAUUUCGUUCCCUUUUUCACUUGAGUGAUGUGCGUUGCAUUGACUUGUUUGACAUUGAUAUCGUGUAAUAUUUGUAUGUGGACUGUGUCAAAUUCUCUUUGGUUGUAAAUAAAUUGUGAUGUACGUACUUUGAAAAACAAGAAAA